AUGACUGCGCUCGCCCGACCUUGGGCCGCCUCCCGCUGCCACCCGCCCGAGAAGAACAGGUCGGCGACCUCCGGCGGCAGCCCCCCCGGCAGCAGGAGCGCGCACGGCGCGCAGGUAGGCCAGGACCAUGUCGACCACGUGCAGCUGCGCCCCCACCUGGGGCCACUCCCCGGGGUACUCCCACGGCCUCGCGCCCGGCUUCCUGCGUCGGGCCAUCGGGGCAUGACGGGCCCCAGGGCGAGGCUCGAGCGAAACGGUGCUUGCUCCGUGCUCGUGCCGCUGACGUUUCUCCUGGUUCUGUUUUCGCUGUUCGCUGCUGCUGCGAGACGACACCAAACGAAGACGCUCCACGAAGUCGCCUGCGCACCGUUUACAACUCGCGCGCUGCCCAGGAGUGGCAGGUCAGCAACCGUGGGCCGUCGUGGCCAGCUU